AUGCCAGAUGGUAAUUACACCACUGUGACCCACUUUGUUCUCCUGGGGUUUGUCACCAGCCCAGCAAUUCAAGUUGUCCUCUUUGUGGUGUUUCUGAUGCUCUACAGCAUGGUUCUCCUGGGGAACAUUGGACUGAUGCUUCUGAUCAGAACCAGCCCACAGCUCCAGACCCCCAUGUACUUCUUCCUUAGCAAUUUGUCGUUAGUUGAUCUCUGCUAUUGCUCUGUGAUUGUCCCAAAAAUGCUAGUCAAUUUCUUAGCUGAGAAAAAGGGCAUUUCAUAUGUUGGCUGCGGGCUGCAGUUUUACUUCUUCUGUACUUUUGCUGACACAGAGUCUUUCAUCCUAGCUACUAUGGCAUACGAUCGGUAUGUAGCCAUCUGUAACCCACUGCUAUAUACCGUGGUCAUGUCCCCAAAGCUCUGUAUCCUGCUGGUUUUACUCUCUUACCUUGGUGGCACACUAAGUGCCCUCGUCCACACUUGCUUUGCCUUCAGGCUCUCCUUCUGUGGUCCAAAUGUCAUCAACCACUUCUUCUGUGACCUUCCACUCCUCCUGAAGCUCUCAUGCUCAGAUACCUCCCUCAAUGAGCUCCUGCUCUACACCUAUGGCAGUUCUGUUGAAAUCAUUUCCUCAAUCAUCAUCAUAAUCUCCUACAUCCUCAUUGUCAUCUCUGUCCUGAAGAUCCGCUCUGCUUCAGCAAGGCACAAGACAUUCUCCACCUGUGCCUCUCACUUGACCUCUGUCAUAAUUUACGAGGGAACUCUUCUCUUCAUCUAUUCUCGCCCUAGCUCCUGGUACUCCCCCACCUCUGACAAAUACAUCUCGGUCUUCUACACUAUUAUUGUCCCUGUGCUAAACCCCCUAAUCUACAGCUUGAGGAACAAAGAUGUGAAAGAUGCCCUGUGGAGAACAAUAGACAACCCAUGUCGCAGAGUGCAGCUUUGA